CGGGGAGCCGGGCCGGGAGCGUCCUGCGUGGCCCGGCUGUUCGGUCCGAGAAGCGCUGCUGGGCGCCGCUCACCUGGCAGGCACCGGCCGCGGACAUUGCCCGCUGUCCCCGCCCAUCCAGCUCCGUCCCGGCCGGCGUGUGGCUCUGCGGGGGAGAGCCAUGAAACCCUUCGAGGCCGUGAGCAGGGACCGGGUCCUAGGGGAGCUUGAGACUCUGCUUGCUGUUGGAAGAUGGGAGAGAUAGAAGGAACCUACAGGGUCCUGCAGACGCCGGGCUCUCGUUUGGGUGCCCAGAAGAGCUCAGGAGUGAGUACCUUGGAGCCAGGACAGAACGUCCUGACUGCCAUGGCAUCAUCGCCUGCCAAGGCGCACGAGCGCGACCUCCCCGUCAAAAUCAAGAUGUUGGACAGCACAGUGGAAGUUCUUGACAUUGAGUCAAAAUGCUAUGGCCAGACGUUAUUGACAGAAGUCUACAAGCAUCUGAAUUUGAUUGAAUCAGACUACUUUGGAAUUGAGUUCCAGAAUAUCCAGUCAUAUUGGAUUUGGCUGGAACCUAUGAAACCUGUUAUUAAACAAGUACGGAGACCAAAGACUACAAUGCUUCGUCUGGCUGUGAAGUUUUUCCCUCCUGACCCUGGUCAGCUGCAAGAGGAAUAUACUAGGUACCUGUUUGCAUUGCAAAUCAAGAGGGACCUGGCAGAGGAGAGGCUGACCUGCAGUGACAACACAGCUGCUCUGCUGGUCUCCCACCUCCUGCAGUCUGAAAUAGGGGAUUUUGAUGAAUCAGAAGAUCGAGAACACCUUAAAACAAACCAGUAUUUGCCAAACCAGGAAAAACUUGAAGGAAAGAUCCUGGAGUUCCACAGGAAGCAUGUGGGUCAAACUCCUGCUGAAUCUGACUUUCAAGUGCUUGAAAUUGCCAGGAAACUGGAGAUGUAUGGCAUCAGAUUCCACCUUGCCUCCGACCGUGAGGGCACCAAAAUCAACCUGGCAGUUUCACACAUGGGUGUGCUGGUGUUCCAGGGCAACACAAAAAUCAAUACCUUCAACUGGUCCAAGGUCCGUAAGCUGAGCUUCAAGAGGAAAAGAUUCCUUAUUAAGCUCCACCCAGAGGGCCCCUAUCAAGAUACUUUGGAGUUUCUUUUGGGAAGUAGGGAUGAGUGUAAAAACUUCUGGAAAAUCUGUGUUGAGUAUCACACAUUCUUUAGGCUCUUCGACCAGCCAAAGCCAAAGGCUAAAGCAGUGUUCUUCACCAGAGGGUCAUCUUUCAGAUACAGUGGAAGAACACAGAAGCAACUAGUGGAUUAUAUUAAAGACAGUGGGAUGAAGAGGACCCCAUAUGAAAGGAGGCACAGCAAGGUCAGAGCAUCCACUCGCACCUCCAACGCAGAUGUGCCAAAGCAGAGUGUCCCAUUCACUGAGGGCUUGAGAACUCCAGGGUCUCCUGCCUCAACAGCUGCCCCCUUCCACUCGGUUCACUCCUUGGCCAGUCCCACUUCCAUCCUGCCCAUGUUUGCUGAGCCCAGCCCUUCCUCCUUGGAGCCCCGAGCAUCGUACACAAGGAUUCCAGACAAAACCACUGCAGCACCAGUGGAAGAAGUGGGGAGGAAGCUGAUGCAGCAGCCUGGAUCUCCCAUGCUCCAAGGCCUCCCUGUGGAGCAUGCCCAGCUGUCCUCCCUUGUGCUGAAGAGUCCCCUGGGUUUGAGCCCAGGCUUUCAGGUGAAUGCAGUCACCCAGGGCUCGUCCCCUCUGCUCAGCCCCGUGCUCAGCGAUGCUGGCGGCGCCAGGAUAGAAGAGGAUGAGGAAAUGAAAAGGAAGCGCUGCCCCACAGACAAGGCAUACUUCAUAGCAAAGGAGAUCCUUGCCACAGAACGCACCUACUUAAAGGACCUGGAGGUCAUUACAGUGUGGUUCCGCAGUGCUGUGAUCAAGGAGAAUGCCAUGCCCGAGGGCUUGAUGACACUGCUCUUCUCCAACAUAGACCCCAUCUAUGAGUUCCACAGAGGCUUUCUGAAGGAGAUUGAACAGAGGCUCUCACUCUGGGAAGGCAGAAGCAAUGCUCACCUGAAGGGGGAUUUCCAGCGCAUCGGGGAUGUCAUGCUCAGGAACAUGCACGCUCUCAAGGAGUUCACCAGUUACCUGCAGAAACACGACGAGGUCCUGACGGAACUGGAGAAAGCAACCAAACGCCUCAAGAAGCUGGAGAUGGUUUAUAAGGAGUUUGAGCUGCAGAAGGUUUGCUACCUGCCCCUCAACACCUUUCUGCUCAAACCCAUCCAGAGACUGAUGCACUACAAGCUGAUCCUGGGGAGGCUGUGCAAGCACUACACGGCAGAGCACCGGGACUUCGCCGACUGCCGCAAUGCCCUGAAGGAAGUCACAGAAAUGACUUCACAGCUACAGCACAGCCUCAUCCGCCUGGAAAACUUCCAAAAGCUUACAGAGCUGCAGCAUGACCUGAUUGGGAUAGACAAUCUCACAGCACCUGGCAGGGAGUUUAUCCGGGAAGGUUGCUUGUACAAGCUCACUAAGAAGGGCUUACAGCAGAGGAUGUUCUUUCUGUUCUCAGAUAUGUUACUGUACACAAGCAAAGGGGUCACAGGGACAAAUCAGUUCAAAAUCCACGGACACCUCUCUCUGCAUGGCAUGUUGGUGGAGGAGAGUGAGAAUGAAUGGUCUGUCCCACACUGCUUCACAAUCUAUUCUGCACAGAAAACCAUAGUGGUGGCAGCCAGUACCCGCCUGGAGAUGGGCAAGUGGAUGGAAGAUCUGAAUGUGGCCAUUGAGAUGGCCAAGAAAUCCACAGAGAAAUCUGAGAUGCUUCUGGAAAAUUCCGUCUGCAACCGCUCCAACAGAUCCUCUGAUGAGGUGUCAGUAGAGCAGGAGUCCGAAGAUGACAUUCACUCCUCCCGUAGCUCCCUGGACAGGCAGAGCCAGCACCGUGCCAACACCACCAUGCACGUGUGCUGGUACCGCAACACCAGCGUCUCCAUGGCCGACCACAGCGCGGCCGUCGAGAACCAGCUCUCUGGGUAUUUGCUGAGGAAGUUCAAGAACAGCAAUGGCUGGCAGAAACUGUGGGUCGUCUUCACCAACUUCUGCUUGUUCUUCUACAAGACACACCAGGAUGAUUAUCCCCUGGCCAGCCUCCCCCUGCUGGGCUACUCGGUCAGCUGCCCUGUGGAGGCAGAUGGCAUUCAGAAGGAUUAUGUCUUCAAGCUGCAGUUCAAGUCCCACGUGUAUUUCUUCAGGGCUGAGAGCAAAUACACCUUUGAGAGGUGGAUGGAGGUGAUCAAAAGAGCUACCAGCUCUCCAGCCAGGUCGAGCCUGCUGCUCCCCAAGGAGAAGGACACUCACACAGAGUGAUGUGGGGCAGAGCUGGAUCUCUGCUGGCAACACCAACAAAACAGGCGGGAACAGGAGGCUCUGGAGUUGGCAAAGCAAAGACCCAGGAGGCUCCUUCCCCCCAGAAUGGGAAGUGGGAGUGAGGGGCUGCAGACAGGGAUCACAUCCAUUCCCAAAGGUGGGGAAGAGGGUCAAGUCUGUUCCAGCUGAACCUCCUUAGAGAGAACCCAACAACAGCAAUGCUGGCUGGCCCCAUCAUGGACGGGUUCUUGUUCCAUGGUAUCUGUACAGUGACACCUUUACCUGCCCUGAAGGCAGGUCCCACCUUCUUUUUACAUUUUGACUGGAUGAUCAGCACUCAUGGGAGAAACCCAGCAGCUUCCAGGGGUGUAGCUGGCUGGCAGCAGUGGGUGCCAGGGCUCCCUGUCCUGGGUGCUCGUGGGGCUGGCAGCACAGCCUGUCCUGCUGCUGCUGCUGUAACAUCAGCCUGCUGGCACAGCUGCCUCGGACAGACAGGAACACACCAUGUGCUGGCUCACUCACUGCUCAUUCUGAACAGGACACUGCAGCUCUCCCAGCACAGCUCUGCUCCUCAGGAGCUGCGAAGGCAGCAGUUUUCCAGGCAAGCUGAGUCUCUGCUGAGCUGUGGAGGUGUUGGUGGAUUGUGGAUCGGUGCAGGGGGGUGCAUGGUUUGUCCUCUGAACUCAAUCACUGUUCUCAUAUCACUGCUCCAGUUUCUUUAUCCUGUAGUAGGAGUUAAGUAAGGCACGGGAUGGCAAAACUCUCCACUCUGGUGUGGGUGAUGUUUUCAAGGCAUGUAAGCACUGUAGGAGAGCAAGCCUCUGAAGGUCACUGUUGCUUGUGCUUUUGUCAUGCAAGGAUUUGUGAAAAUCCCUAAUCCUCUAUUUCAGCUUGGGGUGGGAUCCAUCUUCUGUUUCUCAUGAAGGUGUAAAAGUCACUGGAUUCCAGAUGGAGCAGUAGUGUCUGUGGACCCUAUUAAAUUUCUGUAUUAAAUCUGAAA